AUGGUAGUGAAAGUUUUUGGUCCAAUUAGAGCAGCCUGCCCCCAGAGGGUUAUGGCUUGUCUUUUGGAGCUCGGAGUCGAGUUUGAGGUUGUGCCUGUUGAUCUUCAAGCAGGAGAGCAGAAGCAACCUCACAUUCUUGCUCGACAGCCAUUUGGGCAAGUUCCAGCAAUCGAAGAUGGCAAUUUCAAGCUUUUUGAAUCUAGAGCUAUUGUAAGAUACUAUGCAGCCAAGUAUGCAGCCCGUGGUCCUAACCUGUUGGGAAAGACAUUGGAGGAGAAGGCUCUGGUGGACCAAUGGCUCGAAGUCGAAUCACAUAACUUCAACGAUUUGGUUUUCACUGUGGUGCUUCAACUUAUGAUCCUUCCCAGCAUGGGCGAACAUAGCGACUUUGCAUUGGUGCGCUCUUGUGAAGAAAAACUGAAAAAGGUAUUCGAUGUGUAUGAGGAGAGACUUUCAAAGAGCACCUAUCUAGCCGGAAGCUACUUUAGUUUGGCCGAUCUGAGCCAUCUUCCGGCAAUACGGUUUCUGGUUGACGAGUUCAAAAUGGGACAUUUGGUCACGGAAAGGAAGAAUGUCAAUGAUUGGUGGAAAGAUAUUUCCAACAGGCCUGCAUGGAAGAAACUUAUGAAGCUUGCUCAGUAUUAG